AUGGUACAAACGAGACAACAAGUGAAAAGAGAAGAGGAAAUUGAUCAAGAAUUUCAACGACUAAGUGGUAUUGAAAUCGAACAAACAACUUAUCAACAGAACAACGAACAUAUUGUAUACCGUCCAAUAUCAUUUACGAUGACUGAAAAAUUAAUUAAUACUAUAUUAUCAAACAAUUUGGAUAAACUACCAAAAUUUGGUGGUAAAAGUAAUGAAAAUGUGAACAAAUGGUUGACUGAUAUUACAAAUGAAUUAAAUAUGGUUAAACUUAAUGAUCAACAGAAAUUGUCGGUUAUCCAAACAUUUCUGGUCGAUGAUGCUCGACGUUGGUUUAUUAAUAAUAUGUCUAUGAUGACUGAUUGGUCCACAUUUUCAAUUCAAUUACAAAAAACAUUUUCAUCAAUACUUCAUCAAGAAUUAGCAUUAAAACAGGUUGGUAGCCGUCAACAAGGUUUAAAUGAAACUGUAUUACAUUAUUAUAAUGAAAUGAUGGAAUUAUUUGAUAUGAUUGAUUUAAAUAUGAACGAACAAUACAAAGUCGCAUAUUUAAAAGCAGGUCUCAAAAUAUCAUUAAAGAAAGAAGUGAUGCGACGAGAUCCAAAAACUGCAGCACAAUUUUUGGAAUUAGCGCAAGCAGAAGAAAAAUUAGAUUUAUCAUUAAAUAUCCAAAUGGAUAAUUUACAAUUAUCAAAUUUUGAUUCUCUAGCAGCAAUUAAACCAUCGAUCAAAGUCGAUCCACCACAACAACGAAAACCGUAUCAAUCAUCAUCAAAAUUUAGAUGUUACAGAUUGGGAGCUAAUGAUGGUACAGCUCUCGCUAAUCUACAUCAUCCAUCUUUAAUUUUUAUUUCAACCUGCAUUAAUAACAUGAAGCUUUGUGCUAUGAUUGAUACGGGAGCAACAUCAUCUUUAAUUACAAUGUCCACCAUUACUAAAUUGAAUUAUCAAGAUCGAAUUCAUCCACAAACAGGUGAAAUUACAUUAGGUGAUUCAAAAACUAAAAUAAUUCAGUAUGGAUGGAUUUGUUUAAAUUUAAAAAUAAAAAAUUUAAACUGUCAAAUAAGAGCUAUAAUUGUUGAUUGUUUAUCAACUAAUUUUAUUUUAGGAAUGGACUUUUUAAGAAAAUAUAAGAUAGAAAUAAAAACUAUGCAGCAGUGUCUUAUUAUUCAUCAUCAACACCAACAAUUGUAUGUUAAAUUUGAGAAAUCGAAUUCCGUUAGGUUAGCUCAACAAUGUACAAUUUUGCCCAGAUGUAAAGCUGUCGUUAAUGCUGUAGUAUCGAAUAUUAUACAUUCAAAUAAAAUGUUACUGAACGUUAUUAAUGAAAAAACUCAACAAUAUAAAAGAAUUCGACUUUGUGAUGGACUUGUAAAUGUUAAAAAUAAUAAUCUUCAAUUGACAAUUUAUAAUCCAACAACAAGAAUCGUAACAUUACCAAAAUCAAUGCUUCUCGGUACAGUUGAUCAUCUAACCCCAAAUGUAUAUUGUUCAACAUUAUCUUCAAAUUCAACAAUACAACAUAUUGAUUUAACACAUGAAACAGAAAAGAAGUCGAUAGAAGUAGCUGAUAUUAUUACUGCAUUAACUCAACACCUUCAAGCUAAUCAACUAUAUUAUCAACAGGUACGAGAUCUUUUACAAAAUCAUAGCAUCUUAUUUGAUACAUCUAAACCAAGAACAAUCAAAACGACUGUCCAUCAUGUUAUUAACACAGGAAAUCAUUCUCCAGUUAAUGCUAAGCCAUACUUCAAGACAAUUGAACAACGAAAAAAUGCUCAACAAGAAAUAGAUAAAAUGCUUAAAGCUGGUAUUAUUAUUCCAUCACAUUCUCCCUGGUCUUCACCUGUAGUAUUGUUGAAAAAACCAAAUGGAGAAUUUAGAUUUAUCAUUGAUUAUAGAAAGCUGAAUUCCAUCACUAAAAAGGAUUCUUAUCCGCAACCUACAGUUGAAGAACUUAUUCAAAGAUUAGGUGGUCAUUCAUGGUUUACAAAGUUGGAUUUGAAAAGUGGUUAUUAUCAAAUUCCGAUUCAUCAGGCGGAUAAGGAGAAGACUGCUUUUGUAACUCAAGAUGGUUUAUAUCAAUUUGAAGUACUUCCAAUGGGACUUAUGAAUGCUCCCCCUACAUUUCAGCGCAUUAUGAAUAAUAUUAUUGGAUAUAAACGAUGGGAUUAUAUUUUGGUGUAUCUUGAUGAUAUAUUAGUCUUUUCAAAAUCGUUUGAUAAUCAUAUAAAACACCUUCAAGAAUUAUUUGACAUUUUAGCUGAGCAUCAAUUUACCUUAAAUCCAAGUAAAUGCUCAAUAGCAAAACAAUCCAUUGAAUUUUUAAGUCAUACUAUUACAAAAGAUUCAAUUAUUCCAUCUAAAGAACGUAUUCAAGCUAUACUUGAUAUACCACAACCAACAUCUUUAGCUCAGGCAAAUAAAUUUAUUGGAAAAAUAGGCUGGUAUAGGAAAUUUAUUCCUAAUUUCGCGCAAAUAGCAGCGCCGAUACACAAGGUGACAAACAAAACACGAAAUAAGAAACAAGAAUUUUAUUGGUCCGAAGAUCAAAUUCAAUCAGCAAAUAAGUUGAAGCAAAUUUUAACUGAAGAACCAUUAGUUUUAAAAUAUCCUCAUCCAACUGCUCCUUUCAUAUUAUCCACUGAUGCUUCCGAAUAUGCUAUUGGUGGAACAUUAAAACAAAAUAUUAAUGGACAAAUUCAUUACAAUUAUUAUUUAUCUAGACUAUUAACAACAACGGAAAGAAAAUAUCCGACUAUUGAUCGUGAAGCAUUGGCUAUAUUUUGGUGUAUGGAGAAAUUGCAACAGUAUUUAGGUGGUAGAGAUGUUACAAUUAUAUCAGAUCAUAAACCAUUAGAACAAUUUCAUAAGAAAACUAAAUUAAAUAGUAAACGAAUCGACCAGUGGUUACUUAAACAUCAGGAAAUAAUUCCACAAAUAACUGCUGUUAUAUAUCGAAAAGGCCGUAAUCAUGGUGAUGCAGAUGCUAUGUCAAGACCUGAUAUUGAUGAUCACCAAAAUUUAUUAAAUGCUACCACACGAUCCAUGACAAGAAGGAACCAACACCAAUCACCAAAUAAUGAUUCUAUUAAAUCGACAUCACUAAAUGAUGAGAAACAAUUCAUAUCAUUACCCAUGACAUUUAAUUUUAGUUUAGAACGCAUUAGUCACGAACAAAAACAUGAUCCUGAAAUAAGUCUUCUUAGGCAACAGAUUUUACACAAACUUGGCGCCAAUAAAAAUUAUGUUCUGGAAAACGACGUGUUAUACAAACUUAUACAACUACCACAUACAUAUACAAAAACUAAAGUCGUUUAUAUUCCAUUAACAAUGCGUGAGGAGGUAAUUCGAUGCUAUCAUGAUCAUCCAACAGCUGCUCAUUUUGGUGUCACCAGAACUUGGUCUAAAAUACGAACAACGUGUUAUUGGUCUUGCAUGAAAAAAUCUAUUGAAGAUUAUAUUAAAUCAUGUGAAAAAUGUGCUAAAUUUAAUAUUCGUAGAAUAGCACCGCCAGGCCAUCUACAUUCGAUUGAAUAUCCACAAGGUCCGUUAGAAUUAGUUUCUAUGGACUUUUGGGGUCCAACACCACAGUUCUCAGCUAAUGGUAAUAAGUAUGUCCUUGUUAUAACGGAUUAUUAUACUAGAUAUGUUGUCGCAUGUCCAUUACCUAAUAAUACAGCAACCUCAACAGCUAAAUCUUUUGUAGAACAAUUCAUAUUUAAAUUUGGUAUACCUCGACGACUCAUUACUGACCAAGGUGUUCAUUUCAAUAAUGAAUUAAUAAAAAAUUUAACAGCAUUAUUAGGAACUCAUCAUAUACAAACUAGUGCAUAUCAUCCACAAGCUAAUGGAUUAGUGGAGCGAUUUAAUGCAACUUUUCAUCCUCAAUUAUCAAAAUUAUACGAUACAGAAUUAAACAAUUGGGAUGAUUAUUUAGCUCCUGUCAUUUAUGCUUAUAAUACAGGAAUACAAAGUACAAUUGGAUAUAGUCCUUUUCAAUUAAUGUUUGGAAGACACCCCAUACUACCUCUUAAUCAUACACCGUCCACGUUUACAUUCGCUCGACCAUACGAUUAUUGGAUUAAAUUACUUAAAUGUAUGAAAAUUUAUCGUCAUGUUGCUACUCAAAAAACACUAUUUCAUCAACAACAAUCGAAACAACGUUUCGACCGAAAUCGUCAAGAUCCACAAUUUGAAAUUAAUGACUUGGUUUUUUGUAAAGUACCUGGUCAUCGUGCAAAAUUUGAAGAGCGAUUUUCUGGUCCUUAUACGAUCAUUAAUAAACAACACCCAUCAUAUACAAUCCAAAAUACUCAUUCUUUAAUAUCUAAACGGGUACAUAUCGAAUUGUAUGCAUAUUUAUUUACAACUCUAGGCGAAACAUGUGUAAUAUUUGGCGCUGGUCCAAUUGGUCUACUAUGUCUUCAAGCUGCAAUGGCUGCCGGUGCUGCUCGUACCGUUGUUGUAGACAUUGCCGAGAAACGUCUUGAGAAAGCACGUGAACUAGGUGCUACAUUAAUUAUCAAUGGUAAGGAGGAAAAUAUUUCGCAACAGAUUAAAACCUUUACUGGUGGUCUUGGUGCCGAUGUUUAUCUUGAUGCAGCCGGUGUACAAUCAACAUUUACAACGGGUAUCGCAUCUUUGAGAAACGGUGGUAGAGCUAUAUUGGUUGCAAUAUUUGGAAAACCAGUGGCAUUGGAUGCUAUGGAUCUUGUCAUGCGUGAAAUAACUAUCAAGGGAAUUGUUUGCUAUCGACAUAUAUUUCCAGAGGUAAUUAAACUUAUUGAUAGUAAACAAAUGGAUGUUGAACGGCUCAUUACAAGAAAAAUCAAGUUGAAUGAUAUUGUCAAAGAUGGAUUUGAAGCUUUAGUAUCUGAUCCUUCGGAAAUUAAAAUUUUAAUUGAUAUUGGUUCUAAUUAA